CGCACACUUUCCUCUCCAAGUCCUUCGCAGCCCACUAACUUACAAUGACAACUGAUUCACGUACACUUGGACUGACAAAGUACCAAUGCUUCUGCGCCGCAAUGGCCGCGCUGGGCAGUGUGAAUUUUGGUUUUAAUAUCGGCGUCAUCAAUGUUCCUGGCGACGUCAUCUCUGGCUGCGUUAUUGGUCCCCAGCACUACAUCGGCCCAUUUCCAUCCUGCAUUCCGACUGCCGAUGCGCUAUGGGGAGUGGCAGUUGGGUGUUUUGCACUGGGUGCCUUGAUUGGAAGUAUCGCAAGCAAUCCGAUUGCUGACAAAUACGGCCGAAAGUUCGCACUGACCUGGGGGCCCCUGUUUUCUACCAUUGGUGCCUUGCUGCUCUCGCUGUCUACUACGCUCACGCAAUUCAUUUUUGGAAGAAUAUUCGUCGGUAUUGCGGCAGGGAUCUGCAACACUGCGGUGUCGGUAUACAUCAGCGAAAUCACUACCCCUUCGGCCCGGACCAUCUUGGGAAACUCUAUCCAGCUCGCUACAAACCUCGGGAUUCUUUUGUCUCAAUCAAUCUCGCUCGGUCUCUCGAGACCCCCACUCUGGAGGGUUCUCUUUGCACUCACCGGAGUCAUUGGCAUCGGAACCACGGUUCUAUUUCCCACCUGUGUCGAGUCGCCCAAGUGGUUGGUAUCGCGCGGCCAAGUUGGCCAGGCUCGCUAUGCGUUAACCAAGCUUCGAGAGGGCGCCGAUGUCGAGGCAGAGCUUGCUGACAUUGUUGAUGCUGACAUGGCGUCUAAAUCUGGGACUGGCAAUGUCGCUAACGCAAAUGUAUUUGACGUGCUACUUGGGCGGACGCCUGACAACCUGCGUCACCAGCUCAUGGUUGUGAGCAUGGGCAUGUUUUCCCAGCAACUAUCGGGUAUCAAUGCCGUCAUAUUUUAUUCGACCACAAUCUUCAACCGUACUACGCACGACAACCCGGCCGCUAUUCCGACUAUGGCGCAAAAGCUUACAUACGUCAUUGCUGUUGUCGCUGAGGUGUUCACAUUUGUCGGCAUGCUUCUCUGCAUGAGGUUUGGUCGACGUACCCUCAUGCUCGCCUCAUCCGCGGCCAUGGCGAUCUCUUCAAUACUGAUGGCAGUUGGAUCUAUCAAGGGAACCGACGGCCUAGUUAUUGCCAUGGUAUUCGUAUUCAAUAUCUCUUUCAACUUCGGCGUUGGACCACUACCAUGGGUAGCUGCUGCUGAAAUGACACCAGCAUACGCCAUGUCGGCGAUGUCGGCGAUUGGGGGCGUCAUUUGCUACGCCUUUACGUUCACCAUCGGCGUGUUCUUCCCACCUAUGCAAGUAGCGCUAGGCGACUAUACAUUCCUAUUCUUUGCAGGGUUUAACAUUGCCACCUUUGUCUUCUGCUUCUUCUUUUGGCCUGAGACCAAGGGUCGGAAGGUGGAGGACAUUGCCGAGGUGCAUUCUGUUGGCAUUCACUUUGUCAUUAGAGACCACUUCAAAUAGCUCCUGCUUGGCUCAUUUAUCAAUGCAGUACAUAAAAUUCAUCUAGUU